UUUUUUGUUUUUUUUUUUCUCUUCGCUCUAAAAACUCUGAAGUAAAGUGAAAAUCAUGGUGUGAGUUUUCUUCUUGCUCCGUUACUUUUUCUUCUCGCUCCGUUACUUUUUUCCCCCUCGGGUCCGUGAAGGCGGCGCGGUCCGGGUCUUGGGGUUUUUGAAGCAGAUCUGGACCGGAUCUGGACCGGAUCUGGACCAAAGCUGUACCGGAAACGGCCGAAGCGCAGCAGCGUGCGUCUCCUCCUCUGCGCUCCGGGAGAACGGACCGCACCGACGCCAGGGACCCGAACCAAACGGGGAGUGAACAUGAGCGCGAACCUCCUCUCCGACAAACUCUCCGACGAAUGAGCUCGGAACUCGGACCUGAACUCGGAUCUGGGCUGGGAAACGGAGCGCGCGCGUGGCUUUGUUCGUAAAUAUCGCUGCUGAUACUGCAAAUACUACGACUACUGAAAGUACUACAAGUACUGCAAAUACUACUACUACUACUGCAGUAACGGAAUAAUACGAGCAGAAACAGAACAAAGAUGGAUCAGGUGUCAGAUGAUGAGUUGGAUCACGGCGCUGAGGAGGACAGUGAUAAAGAAGAUCAGGACCUGGACCAAAUGUUUGGAGCCUGGCUCGGAGAACUCGACAAACUCACACAGAGUCUGGACGAUGGUCGUCCUCAGAAGAGCGUCCAGAAACCUCCACUCAGACAAGAAACAAACAUGGCCAACUUCAGCUACCGCUUCUCCAUGUACAACAUCAACGAGGCGUUGAACCAGGGCGAGUCCGUGGACCUGGACGCUCUCAUGGCCGACCUCUGCUCCAUGGAACAGGACCUGACCCCGUCCAGACCCGGAUCAGGGGUCAAAGGUCAGACCAAAGGGCACCAGCAGAGGGCGCCGGCGAUUCAGAGCAACGGAACCAGGAGCAACGCCGGAGGAGCGGGCAGCAGCGGAGGCAGUUCAAACAGCAGUACUCGUGCGUCCCCGGCGAGCUCGGUGCGUGGCCCCGCCUCUCGCCCCGCCCCCUCUGCGCUCUCAUUGGACGAGAUCACUGCUCGUCUGGACCAGGCGUCGGCGAGUAUGGACCAGGCGGCGCGAGACUCCUCCUCCUCCUCCGGCUCCUCCUCUUCCUCCGGCUCAGGCCCCGCCCCCUCCGCCGGCCCCGCCCCCCCGGAGGCCGUCGGCGGCGUCGUCCACGUCGGCGGGGAGGGGCGAGUGGGGGAGGGGCUUCCCGCGGGCGGCGCUGUGGACUCGGAGCGACAGAACGCGGGACAGAACCAGAGCGAGAACAAAUCCGCCCGACGACAGCUCCACUUCACACCAGCAGGGGGCGACAGCGACAGGGCUGUACAUUCGUAUCUGGACCGAGAAACGUCGCUGAUCCUGAAAAACAUCGCAGGAAAACCAACACAUCUACUCACCAAGGAGGAGCAGGCGGCCAAACUAAAAGCCGAGAAGAUCCGAGUCGCUCUGGAAAAAAUCAAAGAGGCUCAAGUCAAAAAGCUCGUGAUCCGCGUCCACAUGUCUGAUGAAAGUUCCAAGACGAUGAUGGUGGACGAGCGGCAGACGGUUCGACAGGUCCUGGACUCGCUCCUCGACAAAUCCCACUGCGGAUACUCGCCCGACUGGAGCCUCGUGGAGACGCUGUCCGAGCUACGCAUGGAGAGGAUUUUUGAGGAUCACGAGAACCUGGUGGAAAACCUCCUGAACUGGACCAGAGACAGUCACAACAAACUCAUGUUUAUAGAACGAAUCGAGAAGUACGCGCUCUUCAAAAACCCACAGAACUACUUUUUGGGGCGGAAGGAGGCGACUGAAAUGGCCGACAGGAACAAAGAGGCUCUUCUGGAGGAGUGUUUCUGCAGUGGGACGGUGAUGGUUCCUGAGAUGGAGGGCGUCCUGUGGCUCAAAGAGGACGGAAAAAAGUCCUGGAAGAAAAGAUACUUCCUGCUCCGAGCUUCCGGAAUCUACUACGUCCCCAAGGGAAAAGCCAAGGCGUCUCGGGACCUGGUUUGUUUUCUUCAGUUGGAUCAUGUAAAUGUUUAUUAUGGUCAAGAUUAUCGCUGCAAGUACAAAGCUCCGACCGACUACUGCCUCGUCCUCAAGCAUCCUCAGAUCCAGAAAAAGUCCCAGUACAUAAAGUAUCUUUGCUGUGACGACGUCCGGACUCUGCACCAGUGGGUCAACGGGAUCCGAAUCGCCAAGUACGGACGCCAACUCUACGCCAACUACCAGGAGGCCAUGAAGAGGACGGAGGCGGCCUACGACUGGUCCUCGCUCUCCAACAGCCUGCGCUCCGGCUCCAGCUGCAACAGCAUCCCAGAGUCUCAGUCGAGUCACUCGGGGGACAGCGGUGUGGACUCGGGUUCUUCUCACGGUCGAUCUCAGAGUGUGGUCAGCUCCAUCUUCUCUGAGGCCUGGAAGAGAGGAACACAGAUCGAGGAAAACACCAAGCAGAUGAGGAUGGAAGCAGCUCGAGCGGCGACUCUUCCUCACGGACACAAACACCACAGCCAACACUCUGUGGACCUGCCCCCCCCUGCCCCCCUGCCCCCCCAGAACCUGCCCCCCAGAACCUGCCCCCCCAGAACCUGCCCCCCAGAAACCUGCCCCCCCCAGAACCUGCCCCCCAGAACCUGCCCCCCCAGAACCUGCCCCAGAACGCCCAGCCCCCUCCACAGCUGCAGAAUCUUCCCCAAGCUCCUGCUCCUCAUCCUCAAAACCUGCCCCAAAAUUUACCCCAACCGCCCCCACCACAGGCCCAACACCUGCCCACAACCUGCCCACACAACCUGCCCCACAACCUGCCCACAACCUGCCCCACAACCUGCCCCAAACACCUGCCCCAACACCUGCCCCAAACACCUGCCCCACAAACAACCUGCCCCACAAACCCCAGAGCCCCGCCCACUCUCCGCCCUCGUCCGCCCGUCAUCCACUUCCCGCCGCCGCCCGACUCCGCCCUCGACCCCGCCCCUUUGCCGCCGUCUCCGCUGGCGCCCGCCGAGUGCCCGAUCCCGCCCACGCCGCCGGGUCACUCCGCCCAGACCGUCCCCAACCCGCCAUCGCCCGUCACGCCCGACGUCCCGCCCAUUUCCCCUCCCGCCGCGGCAAGCCCCCGCCCCGCCCCCGACCCCGCCGCUCCCCGUCGAACACCUCCCCCCGCCGCCCCCUCCCCCACCCCGCCGCCUCCCCCCGCCGCCGCCGCCGCCCAUCCAGAGCGUCUCCGCCCACACCGCCGCCUUAAACAUGUACAAGUUCAGCACCAUCACCCGCCUCCAGAACCAGAACAACGAACAUCCAGGCCGGCAGCAGCAGCAGGGGGUCCCGACUCCGCCCCCUCCGCCUCCUCCCCCGCCGGCGCCGCCCGCCGUCGUCAAACCGGUCAACCACAUCGCCGCCAGGACCAACGUGCCGCCGCCGCCGCUCCCGCCGCCGCUCCCUCCGCCUCAGUUCAGACCCAUGCCCGGUUCUGCCAUGGCCAAACUUUCCCAUUCCGCCUUUUUCCCGAUGGCGGCCGCUUCCAACGCCUUCCCGGCCCCGCCCCCUCCGCCGCCGCCGCCUCCUCCAUCGUUUUCGGGCGGCGGUUUGAUGCACACGCCGUACGCCAACGGGAUCAAGCAGGCGUUGAAGGAGCGGUUUCCCAGUCCCCCGCGGGAGCUGUUGGCAGCGAGCGCCAGUUUAGACGCGUCGACUCCGCCGCACAAGCCCCGCCCCAUCUGCCCCCGCCUCCCCCGCCGCCGCCGCCCCCCCCCUCCCCCUCCGCAGCAGCAUAAAUCCGCCCCCUCUCACCCGUUUCCCUUCGCCAGUCAGACGUCGUCCAGUUUCCCGCCGCCUCCUGCGCCCAAAACCUUCACCGCCGGAUUCGUCCCGACCAAACCCGUCUCCCCGGUGACGCCCUUCCCCCGCGGCGCCGCCUCCUCCCCCUCCUCCGCCCAGUUCAGCCAGAUGCCCCGCCCCGCGCCACCUCCUCCUCCGCCCAGUUCACCAGAUGCCCGCCCCGCCGCCACCUCCUCCUCCGCCCUGUUCUGCCAGAUGCCCCGCCCCUCCGCCGCCUCCUCCUCCGCCUCCUCCUCCGCCCGCCCCCAUGAAAAAGACGUUCCAAACUCCUCCCCCGCCGACGUUCCCCAAGCAGCACGCCGUCGCCAAACCCAACUCGCUGGUCAAGCAGCUCGCCAGCCCAGUUCCCAGGGGCCGCCCCCCACACGGACACGCCCAAACUGCCGCCGCGCGCUGUCCCCGCCCCCGCCCGCCGUCAAAACCAAACCGAAAUGGCAGCCCGAGUUCCCGCCUCCGCCUUCGGACAGCCCCACCCCCCCGCCGCCGCCGCUCCCGUCUGUGAACACGAGUUCGCCGUUGAAGAAGUCGCCCCCGGGGACCCUGAAGAAAGCCCCGCCCACGCCGCAGAGGAACGCCAAGCCCGAGUCGUCGUCCUCGUCUUCAUCGUAUUUGGAAAACCGUCGUAAUCUUCUGAGUAAGUUUGGACAGCAGAGCUCCGCCUCGGCGCCGUCUCCGCCCCCUCCGUGUCCCAACAGCCCCUCGCCGCACCGGGACUCGUCGUCCGCUCCGCCGGCGCCGCCCAAACCCGGAAAACUCAACCUGUCCCAUUUACCGUUGGCGCUGCAGGCGAAAGUCAACCAGGCUAAAGGCGACUUCCCGUCUCCGCCCACCGACCCGAGCUCGUUCCCGCCGCCCCCGAACGCGUGCGAGCUGUUCCCGCCCCCUCGCCCGCCGCCGCCUCCCGCCAGACACGCCCGCCCCAAAGUCGCCGUCGUCAACCCUCAGCCUCAGGCCCCGCCCCCUCCCCCGCCCGUGCCCCUCGCCAACAACCACUCCUGGAGCAAGAGUUCGUUGAAGAAGGUUCCCGCGGCGCCGCUGCCCCCGCCCGUCUCCCCGCCCACCUCGCCCAAAAACGGUUCUUCCGGUAACUUCCUGGACGAUCUGCACAGGACUCUGAAGAGGAAGUCUGUGGGCAAACACGGCUCCGUGGACCAAAGCGGCGGCGCCGGCACCGACCCGGCGCUGCCCCCCCCUCCGCCCGACCUCCUGACGGCGCCCGGGUUUGCGCCGCUGCGCCGCUCGGGGCCGCCGCCCACGCCGCCCAAACGAGGAGACUGCACCAAACUGACCGGCGAGUGCUGAGGACCAGAACCUCCAAGCUCCUCCCAGGUUCUGGAAGGUUCUGGAAGGUUCAUCUCACAGACUCUGAGCUUUAAGUCGUUUUCUGUCCUUCUGAUGUUUCCUCGUCUCAGUCGGAGCUCGAGUCCAGUUUGUUUGAAUAAAUCUUUAUUAUUAAUCUGUCGACAUCUGUGAAACUCCAAACACUCUGCUCCACCUUGUGAUGUCAUCAAGUGAACAGCUCCUUUUCCCUUUAGUUCAGGAGAGAUUAAAAACACUGGUUCAGUCCUGGUUUAGAUCAGAUGUGGUUUAGAACUAUUUUAGACCUGGUUCAGAUCUGGUUUAGUCCUGGUUUUAGUGGACCUGGUUUAGUCCUGGUUCAGUCGAGUUGAUUCCAGGACUGAACUGAUCCAGUUGAUUCUGGUGAAGGUGUGUGGAGUUUAAAAACACAGUGGAGCACUUCCUGUGUCACCACAUGAUGACAUCACAGGGUGGAGCAGAGAGUUUAAGUUUGAGGGAAGAACUCGUGUUAAAUAUUUGGGUUUGUGAAUGAAACAAACUCUGAGUCUGAGACGAGGAAACGACGUCCGGACGGAGCAGAAAGUCUGAGACGUUCAGAUAAAAAAACCUGAAGAACUUUUGGACUAAAACUGUAAAUAGAAAAACAGAAGGAACGACCUGAAGACCUGAAGACCUGAAGACCUGGAGACCUGAAGACCUGGAGACCUGAAGACCUGAAGACCUGAAGACCUGAA